GUGUCAUUUCCGGUAUCUACCGGAAGUCACUCGGUGGAGCCAAAUUUGAAGGAAGUGGAUUCGUGGAGGUGCGGCCGCCAAACAGGACUUGUCUUUGUUUCCUUGGCUACCUGAGCCGCUUGAGUCGAGACGUCAUGCCUAUCCGUGCUCUGUGCACCAUCUGCUCCGAUUUCUUCGAUCACUCGCGUGACGUGGCUGCCAUUCACUGCGGCCACACUUUUCAUCUGCAGUGCCUAAUUCAGUGGUUCGAGACAGCACCGAGUCGGACCUGUCCACAAUGCAGGAUCCAGGUUGGCAAAAGAACUAUUAUCAAUAAACUCUUCUUUGACCUUGCCCAGGAAGAGGAGAGUGUCUUGGAUGCAGAAUUCUUAAAGAAUGAACUGGACAGUAUCAGAGCCCAGCUUUCCCAGAAAGAGAGGGAGGAACGGGACAGCCAGGCCAUCAUCGACACUCUGCGGAACACACUGGAAGAACGCAAUGCCACUGUGGAAUCUCUGCAGAAGGCCUUAGACAAGGAGGAGAUGCUGUGCUCCACUCUUAAAAAGCAGAUGAAAUACUUGGAACAGCAGCAGGAUGAAACUAAACAAGCUCGGGAGGAGGCCCACCAACUCAGAAGCAAGAUGAAGACCAUGGAGAAAAUUGAGCUCCUACUCCACAGCCAUCGGUCUGAGGUGGAAGAGAUGAUCCAAGACAUGGGUGUGGGACAGUCAGCGGUGGAGCAGCUGGCUGUGUACUGUGUGUCCCUCAAGAAAGAGUAUGAGAAUUUGAAGGAAGCCCGGAAGGCCUCAGGGGAGCUGGCUGACAAGUUGAGGAAGGACUUGGCUUCCUCUAGGAGCAAGUUGCAGACAGUCUAUUCUGAACUAGAUCAGGCCAAGUUAGAGCUGAAGUCAACCCAGAAAGACUUACAGAGUGCCGACAAGGAAAUCAUGAGCCUAAGAAAGAAGCUAACAAUGUUGCAGGAAACCUUGAACCUGCCUCCAGUGGACAGUGAGACCGUCAACCGCUUGGUUUUAGAGAGCCCAGCCCCUGUGGAGAUGUUGAAUCCAAAGCUCUGUCGGCCAUCUUUCAGCGAUGAGAUUGACCUCAAUGCCACCUUUGAUGUAGAUACCCCUCCAGCCUGGCCCUCUAGCUCCCAGCAUGGCUACUCCAAGAAGCUCUGCCAGGAGAAAGCUCACUCUCCUGUGCAGGAUGUCCUCAAGAAAAUGCCCAAAGUCUCCAAGCAGGAGUCCCAGCUCUCACUGGGUGGCCAGCGCUGUACAGGAGAGCCAGAUGAGGAACUGGCUGGUGCCUUCCCUCCCUUCAUCCGGAAUGCUAUCCUGGGUCAGAAACAGCCCAAGAGGGCCACAGCAGAGUCUAGUCGCAGUACAGAUGUGGUAAGAAUAGGCUUCGAUGGGCUUGGAGGCCGAACAAAGUUCAUUAGAUCUAGGGACACAGCUACUAUUUGCCCACUGCCUGUUAAAUCCAAGGCCAAGGGUAAGCAGAGAGUGCGGAUAAGGACUACGAAUUCUCCCUCCCAAGCCAAGUUGGAUACUUUUCUGUGGCAGUGAAAACUGAGUGAACAGUGACCAGAUUCAUGUUUCCAAUUAGUAGGCUAAGACCUGGCCAAGCCAGGAGUGUUUUGCAACAUGGCUUCUCUUCCUGGACCAGUGCAAGAGUGACACCCAGAAACUGUACUUCUGUGCUCACUUUGCCCUUCCCAACUUCACCACACUGGACUUAAAACUCUGGGAGCUGACACAACUGAGUCCCAUCAGCAGGGCCUGCUUCUGAUUGUGAGCUCCUGCUUUAUAGCCACAACCAGAUGUGGCUGGGUUCCUUCUGGUCCUGUAGACCAGGGUCAUUUUGACCCUAAAAGUGCUUAAGGAUUCUAGGCAGGCUAGUCUGAGCAGCCACCUGCCUCCAACUUGCUGCUGGGAAUGGGGGAUGAUGAUAAGGAAAGGAUGGGCAUUUGUGAUAGGAAAAGGAUGCAGAAUUGCUAUAAGAGUUCCAUGUGAAAUAAAAAAGCAUCUUUCUUCCUG